AUGGUGGUGAAUGCGAAAGUUCAACAGAAUCCGAAGAAAGCGAUCGACCCCGCCGAUCCCGGAGAGGCCGAGAAUGCAAAAGGCUUGCUGUACAUGCUUGCCCCUACUCUGGAUGCCUCAAAACGUAGAUACUCCAAAAGUUCCCACCUAAAAGCCCAUGUGCGGACGCAUAGCGGUGAGAAGCCCUAUUGUUGCUCAUGGGAAGGAUGUGAAUGGAAAUUUGCAAGAAGUGAUGAGCUGACAAGCAUGAGUCCGAAACUUGAUCGAGCCUUAAAAAAGCGGGAGCGAGGGGGGAGAGCAGGAGACUUCCCACAAUAUCUUUCCACAACAUUGGAAUUGACUUCUCAGCAAAACACACGUCUACCUACUCAAAUGACUCAUACUUGUUAUCAUAUCUGUUUGUCCGAUACUUGA